UCUAAGCUUUAUUAUUCUGACUUUUUGGUCGACUACGGUGCUCUCAGAGCCACUCCUGCAUUUCAAAAAAGUUUCUUCUGAAUACGACCUUUGUUACUUGGCUAUCUGUUCCCUUUCAAAUAAAUCCUACCAGUAAAGUUCCACCCCUGAUAUUACAUAAUCUUGAGAGGAAGCAGGAAACUAGUUUGUUCCUGUUUAACUCUCAGUGAGAAAAGACGUACAGACAGACAGGCAGGCAGGCAGACAGACAGACAGACAGACAGACAGACAGACAGGCAGACAGGCAGACAGACAGACAGACAGACAGACAGGCAGACGAACGGUAACAUUUGCCUUCCUUACAAAGCUCUGGAUUCAUCUGAGGGAGGACGUUUACAGCAAGGAUUUUUAAGCUUUAAAAUACUUUUACCCCUGAAAAAAAACUAAAAGUGAAAGUAACUGCAGCAGGGAGGGAAGCACAGGCGAGUCCUGUUUAAUUGUUCAGCUUCACUCUGAGAGAAUGGCUUCAAGAUCAGAGGAGGAUCUCUGCUGUUCGGUCUGUCAGGACAUCUUUAGAGACCCUGUUCUCCUGUCAUGCAGCCACAGCUUCUGUAAAGGCUGCCUGACGGACUGGUGGAGAGAGAAAAUAACACGUGAGUGCCCACUAUGCAAGAGAAGGUCAUCGAGGGGAACACCUCCCUGUAACCUGGUGUUAAAGAACCUCUGUGAGGCCUUUCAAAGGGAGAGAGAUGAGAACGCUUCAGAGGCUCUCUGCAAUCUGCACUCUGAGAAACUCAAACUCUUCUGUCUGGACCAUAGGCAGCCGGUGUGUGUCGUCUGCAGAGAUUCAGAAAAACACAUUAACCACAGCUUCAGACCCAUCGAUGAAGCUGCGCGACAACACAGGAUGGAACUUCAGAACACUCUGAAACCCUUUAGGAAGAAGUUAGAUGCUUUUGAAAAGGCUAAAGAGGAGUUUGAUGGAACAGCAGAACACCUGAAGGUCCAGGCCAGACGCACAGAGACGCAGAUUAAGGAGCAAUUUCAGAAGCUUCACCAGUUUCUAGAAGAGGAAGAGGGGGCCAGGAUGGCUGCACUGAGGGAGGAAGAGGAGCAGAAGAGUCGGGUGAUAGAGGGGAAGAUGGAGGCUGUGAGCAGAGAGAUAGCAGCUCUUUCUCACACACUCAGGGCCACAGAGGAAGAGAUGAAAGCUGACCACGCCUCCUUCCUGAACAACUACCAGGCUGCAGUGGAGAGGCUGCAGCGCCCCCUGCUGGAGGAUCCACAGCUGCCCCCAGGAGCUCUGAUAGACGAGGCCAAACACCUGGGCAACCUCACCUUUAACAUCUGGAGCAAGAUGAGCUACAUGGUCUCCUAUUUCCCUCUUGUUCUGGACCCAAACACUGCUCAUCCAGAACUCAUCCUGUCUGAAGAUCUGACCAGUGUGAUGGAAGGAGGGAGACAGAAACGUCCUGAUAAUCCAGAGAGGUUUGAUUCUUUCUGCGGUGUCCUGGCCUCGGAGGGCUUUAACUCAGGCUCUCACAGCUGGGAUGUUGAGGUUGGAGACAGUAGAGAGUGGAUUCUGGGUGUGUUAGCAGAGUCUGUCCCGAGGAAGAGAGACAUACAGUCUGGAUUGUGGACAUUAUGGUUCGGUGAAGGUGAAUACUCAGCACUGUCACUACCAGCUCCACCCUCUCAACUCGUAUUCAGGAAGAAGCUGCAGAGGAUCAGAGUGAAUCUGGACUGGGACAGAGGAAAGCUUUCAUUCUCUGAUCCUGACACCAACACACACAUACACACCUUCACACACACUUUCACUGAGAGGCUGUUUCCGUACAUUUGCACUGUGGAUAAACACCCCCUUAAGAUUUUACCACUGAAGGUCGGCUGACACAACAGAAGGUCUGAGUCUUCAGCUUGAAGGUGGUGUUUGUACUCCACUUCCUACUGUGAAAUAGAAAUACACUGAGUGGACAUACUCUCAUCGAAUGUUGCAAUCAAAAUCACGCUUAAGUAAAAUUACAUUUAAAAAAUAUAUAUAUGUAAAGUACCAAAAGUAAAAGUAUUCAUUGCAGAAUGUUAUAAUGUUAAUCCAUUGAAUGUACAGCUGGUACAAUUCAUUUUAAAUGAUGCCAUAUUAGGACCAUUGUAGAUAAACAUGAAAUAAACUAUGGAUUGGGGAAGAGAAGAUUUUCCGAGAUUGAAGUAAUAAUAAAACUGCCAGAAAAAACUCAGAGGAUUAAUAUUUUUAUUUCCGUGAAAAAAAAACACAAAUUGUCAAGAAAAUAUAUUGUUAGAGAGAAACAACAUUCUAUCUAAAAUUAAUCAUUUAUAUUUAUUAAAAACAAGAUAAUUUGACUAGGAAAAUACUCUGAUAAUCUCUGAGAUUAUGGAUUUAUAAAUUAGGAUAAAAAUGCUCUCAGAAAUAAUGUUUUAUUUUAUUAAUACCAAAUCGCUUCACUUUGUAACGUUAGAUCUCAGUACCAAAGAAUACUCAAAACAUUUUUCUCUUAAAGGGGACCUAUCAUGCAAAAUGCACUUUUUGAUGUCUUUUAUACAUAAAAAUGUGUUGGGAAAACCCUCUCUCUUUUCCUCCGUACCUAAA